AAUUCGUAUUUGUGCAUACAAAAUAUUUUAUUGUAAAAUAAAAUGUUGCCAACUCUCUAGAGUUCACGAGGAGACGCAUAUAUCAUCAAAAUCAGGCAGUUUUGAGUACUGUAGCUUGCGUGAGUCGUCUGUAUGGAACAAACCAUGGCGGAGACGAGUGCGGUGGCGGAGGUGGGGUUGGCGACGGCGCGGAAGAAGAUGAAGGUGUUGGUGCCGGUGGAUGAAAGCGAUGGGAGUUUCUAUGCGCUGAGGUGGGCGCUUGACCACCUCUUCAUCAGCAAUGAACCACAAGAUGAGCAGGAGCCUAACACGAUUACGUUAGUGAAUGUUCAGCCAGUUUUCCAGCCCUUCAUCUACCCGGCGGGACCAGUGGUGUACGCAACUCCGGCGGUGAUUGAUUCAGUGAAGAAAGCGCAAGAGCAAAAUGCUGCCAACAUACUCGCCCGAGCCCUGAGCAUCUGCAAGGACAAGAAGGUGAAGGCGGAAACGCUGAUUCUUGAGGGAGACCCGAAGGAUAGGAUCUGUCAAGCUGCGGAACAAUUGCAAGUUGAUCUUGUAGUUGUGGGCAGCCGGGGACUGGGCACCAUCAAAAGGGCAUUGCUGGGAAGCGUUAGCAACUACUGCGCCCACCACGCUCAUUGCCCGGUUCUCAUCGUCAAGCCUCCGCCAAAACUGCCUCAUGAGUAACCUCAAUAUGGAAAAUUCUUAUCCAAAUUACGGUCGGAUCCAACUAAGUACACAACAACAUGGAUUAGUCAUGUGAUCACUCCUCCUGAAUCUAGAUCAAGUCCUGAUCUAUUUGGAUUAGAAUUAAUUUCCCAAGUAGCUAUCCCUCUCCUCUCCAGUAUUAUAAUUGGCGGUGUGGGUCUCUGUAAAUUUGGUGUUUUACGAGAAAUGAUGAGGUUAAUGUAGUACUAUUAAUUGCUUUGCUG